AUGAUUCGGCUCGGACGUUCGCACUUUAUCGAGUGCGCAAAUUUAUCGCGAUUUAUUUACAUUCUCGCUAUUGUUAAGUUAGUAGUUUCUACAGAAUAUGGAAUUCCUAUAGAAAUUAAGUUAUGGGAUUCAAAACGAACUCCGUUAGCUCAUAUGGUAGACGUAACUAAUGAGUUUGGUAUUAAAGUUCUUGCGGAACAUAAUUUCUUAAAUGACAAUAAUAUUGCAUUCUCACCCUAUGGAUUAAUGGGAAUUUUGGUGGCUCUUUACGAAGGUGUUGAAGGUGAAUCUUCCUACCAAAUUCAACGAAGUUUGCAGUUGCCGUGGAACCGGAAUGUGAUGAGGAUAGGUUUUCGAGAUAUACAUCGUACACUUAAAACUUACUUCAUACCAGAAGAAGGAUUUCUCGCAGGACUAGCAUUAAAUAACGAGAAUGUCACAUUUAAUGAAAGUUACAAAAAGAUUUUAAGAUUCUAUGGUUUUGAUUUGGACAUGGAAACCUCCACUACAUCGCCCGUUCAGGCAACUAAUUCAACACAACCUUCAUCAGGAGUAGAUAUUACAUCUGUUAGCAGUGCUUCUGGGUCAGCUGAAACGUCAACAGAAGGCGUCACUAGUCGUGAAGAUCCCUCAACAGUUAAAACUACCGAGGGUAUAAAAGUAGAAAACACAUUGAAACCAAGCGCAGAAACUGUAACAAAAUUGAUGGAUACUGAACAAAACUCUGAAAAUACUACGACCACGGUGACUACUGUUACUAUUACACCCAUGACUUCAAGUCAAGUAUCUACCGAAAGCGUAACCGCUACAAGCGGAUCUACUGUGGGUACUGAAACUGAAAUAACAACAGCACAGAUGAUGACGACAACCGAAACUACUGUAUUAUCUACCACUGGAGAUAAUUCUACUGCAACACAAACAAAUGAAUCAGAAGUAUCAUCUACAUCAACAACGGAAAUGGUAACAGAGCAAACAUCAACAACACUUACCACUGACGCAAGUACAAUGGAAACAACAAUGGGAACCACCUCGUCCCUAGAGACUCUACAGCGCCGAAAGAAAUCAGUAGAUUUUUUAUUUACAAGCCCUCCAUACGCCGAUGAUUAUUUGGUAUACAGGUCAUUCGAUAUCGGUUAUGAAGUACCUGAACAACACGUAGAUGACGACACGAUGUUUUUGGUGAACGGAUUAAGAAAUAUACAGGUAACAUACAUGCAGUACGACUCUAUGCUAGAUUACGCGUACCUUCCCCACUUGGAGGCUUCUGCACUCCGACUGCCUUUGGAUAGUGAGCGCUACUACUUGCUUGUGGUUCUGCCUUUAAGAAGAGGAUCUGGAGAGCUAUCAAGGCUGUUAGGCCGAAUGGCACGAGAAUCCGACCUGUCCGAUGUGUAUGCAGCUUUACACCCCCGCCGGGUAAAGGCAGUUGUGCCGAGUUUUACAGUCAAAGGUCAUAUUAGCCUCACAACGGAUUUGCAAAAGCUUGGUAUCCGAGAUGUAUUCGAGCCCCGACAGCACGACUUCACCACUAUGACGCCGCAGCCAGGAGUGUAUGUGCGCAGCAUAGAACAAGCAGUCUCCGUAGCCAUCCGAAAAUAUCAGCCCGAUGACGUCAAAAAUAGAUACCUGAAUAGCCAAAAUCCAGUUGUAUUUUCUGCGACACAUCCCUUCUUAUACUUUGUAAUGGACUCAAAUAUUCAUGUUGCACUAAUGGCUGGUAAAAUGGUGGAUCCACUAAACACAAGAGUUCUA